AAGGAUUGACCUAAGGAGGCUGAAUAAUUUCUGUUGUGCUUGUUCAAUGAAUGCCUUUACGGCAUUAAUGGCCGCUGUCUUGGCAGCCUCGACUUUCUGAACCGCAAUCUCAAUCGCCGCAUUGACUGCCUCUGUGAUGUCCACGCCGUCAUCAGCCGCAGAGGAAGCAAGUUCUGUAAUUUCAUCUACAACCUGCUGUAGCUUGUCGUCGAAGCUGGGAAUGAUCUCUUCCAGCUCACGGCACAUGGCUUCUGCGGUGCCAUUGAUCUGGUUGAUAACUCCCUGCGCUGCCGCCUCGGCAACCUUCUUAGCCUCCUCUUGGAUCUUGCGUCGAAUCUGCUCGGCAGUGUCCGCGAUUUGCUGGACUGAGGACGCUGCCACCUCGGCGAUCUUGUCAAACGCGUUCGUGAUGCUAUCAAAAAAUCCCAUCUUGUAAGUGAAUCCGGUAUCUGGCAAGGGUUGAAAUAUGAUAGUAUGGCAUGAAUAGCAUGAGCAGUGCAGUUUGUCAGGAAACGAAUUAUUCCGGUUACAAUUGAAUGCAAGUCGAGAUGAAAGGUUGGAUCCCCUUGGGAAGAUUCUAAGGUGGCACGUAAC